UCUGGUUUUCUUUUUCGUACGGCAUUGGCAGCAGCAGAAGCAGUAAUUAUUGCAUUGUCCUCUGUCGGCCAUCAGACUUUGCCGCCAGAUAUACCGAAAUUUCAUCGUCAUCUGCGCGUCUCGCGUAGAAGAUGUCUUCUGCCGCAUUGCAGGCAGUUCCCCAUCAGCCGACAUCCGUUCCUUCGCUGAACACACACUCCCCAACGGCACCGUCGCCAUCACACCGACAAUUCACGCCCACUGAAUCUCCAAGUCGGGAAGCGUACUAUGCGAGAGACAAUUCGAAUGCUCCCUCGCCAUCCUCUACGCGACGGACUUCAAGAAGACCCAGCGACAACCACCCAGAACGCACCCAAGUCUCUCCAAUGACGUCGCGCACGGCAUUACCGUCACCAGUCCCCGUAGUGGGCGCCGAGUACCAGUCAUCUACAUCGACUUCGAGUCGGCGGCGGCACGAACCCCCUAUUGCCCCGCCCCGAACUUCAUCCAAUCAGCAAGGCACUUCUAAUUCCAGGAGAGCUGCCAGGGCAGAAGAAAGAGCUGCGAACUCACCAAGGCGGGCCACAACUGAAAACAGUGGCCGAAGUGGCACGAACGGAUAUGAUGACUCGAAUAGCAGGCGAACCACAUACCAAGAAGCUUCGCAAAAAGGGACAAGCAAAGAAGGACGCCAAAACUCGGCUCCGACAGCCUCGACAUUACCGAUAAGGACCUCGACAGCUGCCCCAUCCAAACAGCCCUCCCGAGAGGCAAGCGAGGUACUUAAUCGACUAGUAGUUUCGCAACCCGAGGUGGAUCUGGAGAGAGAACAGGAGAGACUCGUCGAAUCCCAACCGAACCCGGGCCCGUCAACGAACGACGACUGCGAUGACGCCGCACCGCCGCCAGUGGCCAUGAGGGAUGUACAGGAGGAGGGCCGACGUGGUGCUAGAAGUAGACACGAUCACAGCAAAAAAGAGAAGGGCUCGAAAUUCUGUGACUAUUAUCUGGGAAACACCAUCGGCGAGGGUGAGUUUGGCAAGGUCAAGCUUGGCUGGAAACAAGAUGGAGGCGUCCAGGUCGCCAUCAAACUUAUCCGGCGCGACAGCGUGGGCAAUAAUCCAUCUCGACUUGCAAAGAUUUACCGCGAAGUCGCCAUCCUGCGUGGCGUCUCGCACCCUAAUAUUGUCAGGUUACACGAAAUGGCCGAGACGGAACGACACAUAGGGAUUGUGCUCGAGUACGCAUCCGGCGGCGAACUGUUUGAUUAUAUCUUGAACCAUAGAUAUCUAAAGGACCCAGCAGCUCGGAGGCUCUUCGCUCAACUGAUAUCGGGUGUUGGAUACCUCCACAAGAAGGGCAUCGUCCACCGUGACUUGAAGCUUGAGAACUUGCUCCUAGAUCGCAACAGGAACAUCAUCAUCACCGAUUUUGGAUUUGCCAACACAUUCGACCCAGCCGACGAACUAACCGAGGAAGAAGAGCUUGGCCUUCAAGACCGAGACUUCGUAAAGCGGAUCGGCCUGGACAAGGUGAAGGGAAAUGGAACGCGGAAAGGAGACCUGAUGCAGACCAGCUGUGGAAGUCCAUGCUACGCAGCCCCUGAACUGGUUGUUAGCGACUCCUUGUACACUGGGCGCAAAGUUGAUGUGUGGAGCUGUGGCGUCAUUUUGUAUGCCAUGCUUGCAGGGUAUCUACCCUUUGAUGAUGAUCCUGCCAACCCCGAAGGCGACAACAUCAAUCUUCUUUACAAGUACAUUGUCAACACCCCACUAACAUUUCCUGAAUAUGUCACUCCACAUGCCCGAGAUCUGCUGCGGCGCAUUCUCGUACCUAGUCCUCGAAAGCGUGCGGAUCUGUUCGAAGUCGCUCGGCACAGCUGGUUGAGCGAAUACGCCCACGUUGUCGAACUCAUCACCAGCACCACCACGACUACCAAAGAAAUCCAAAACACCACGGUUCCUAGUGAGGAUGAGGCAGGCGGUUUGGCGAGAAGUGCGUCGGUUAGGGAAACGAGCAAAGUCAAGCCCACCUCCGCCGUCGUGGGUGAGUUGGCGAGGAGACAGGGACCAGUGGACGGCGAAGACGUGCCUAGGCAAGCAAAACAGCAAAGGGACAACAAACGGCGAACUGUGCAGGUCGAAUAUGUCGCCCCAACGACCCAAACCCAACGUGGCGAGCCAUCUGUUCAGACUUCUCCUCGUGGCAAGACGAAGGCUCGGUCUAGCCAAGGGCCCACCGAAGUUCAGAGCUCUCCCAACGACAAGCCACUUCCCAAGGAUCCGCCAGUCAGCAAAGAAUCAUACAAUGGAUCGCCAGGGCAGACUAGGACUGCGAGACCGCCCAGCGCGCACAAAAUCCAGCAUGUUGCACGACCGAACCGCGACGGUGCUCGUGUUCCUUCUGAAUCGACCUAUGUGACAGUGCCGCCGUCCUCGUCAGGUACAAGGCCAGAAACAGGAGGGUCCAUACAGUCGACGGGAUCUCGCCAUGGACUGGGUGCUACCGCGUCAAGAUCUUCAAUGUCGCAGCCAUCGGCCGGAUCCAAGAACUACGUCAUUUCUAACCCCAUCCCUCGGGAUUCACCCGACCAGGACUUCGGCAGGCCGAGUGUCAGCGUUCCUCCCAAGUUGGCUCAGGUAUCUGGCUUCAACGAAGGCGAACAACAGCAGUCAUCUAGUGGAGAUAUCAAAGGCCACAGAAGGUCUAACACUAUUGGUGAGAUCACUGGUAAGGUCUUUGGACGCAGCGGAUCAAUCUUCGGUCGUAAGAAGCGCACCGAGCCGCCGCCAGAGAAGCCUUCCAAGAAGUACCCUCCCGUCAGCAUGUCCAAUACGAUGACAGGUGAAGCACCCGGCCGGCCUUCCAUGGAUUCUCGUGUUUCCCGCAGGUCAUUCUCUCAGACCUUAGGUCUUGGUAAGAAGCGUAGUGGCAGCAUGACCGGAUCACAAACGUCCCAGGAGAAGCCACCUAAUAACCGGCGCUUUUCCUUGAUGAAAGCCAUCGGUCUGGGAAGAGAUGGGCAAACACCCCCUCCAGACGGGUCUCAGCAGGAUCUCCCCAUUCAAGAACCGCCACAGGUCGAUGAGUUUGGGCGCUACGUGGAUCAGCCCCAAAGCCCGAGAAGUGGGCAAUAUGCCGGCAGCAACUACGACGAACCGGAACGCCAAAGAAGUGCGCCUCAACAGCAUCAGCGAUACACGUAUGAUGCCCGACCCAGCGCCAUUCCAUCGUAUUUGCAACAAGGCGCUCCUUUGAACUCCGGGUCAGAAUCUUCCAUCGACCAUUCCCAGCGCAAGCCACCCAACUCAGCACCGUACCAGAGCAGCUAUGACUCGGAAGGGUACGACGCUCGGCGAACUGGCAGCCACAGCCAAGGGCAAAGCCGUGGUGUACUGCAGAAAAACAAUAAGAGGUUUGUAGAUGCCUACGACGGUGAGGACUACGGGCGGGCACACGACCACGCAGGGAGUAGUGGUGCGGCGAAGAAGGUGAUGGAUUUCUUCAGAAGGCGCGGCAAGGCUCGAGGAGGUGAGGCUUGAAGACGUUCGGAAAGAGAUUCCGUCCAAACAUGUACGUCUGGG